AUGUGCAAAGAAACUACCGAGCCGCCCAUGAAGCGCCAGCGCAACCGCGACUACCACGCCGCGGACUACCCGGACUUCACGCCCAACGUAUCGCCGAAAGAGAUGUUCCAGGCGGGCAUAUUCGGCGGCACUUACUUUCGCGACAUCAAGAUCGGCAGCAAGUGGUACCGCAACGCGUGGAAGGAGUUUGAGCCGCAUGGAUGGUUUUCAGGACUUGACAUUGCGAAAAACAUCGCCUGUCGAGACCCGGUGCUCAGCAGGAAUAGAUACAAGGCCAAAUGCGGACAGUCGCUGGAGCAGUGGCUGGAAAAGGGCUGGAUUAAAACGGAUUAUGACUCCCAUGGAUGGGUGCAUUGGUACUGUAGGUUCUUUUUGGGGAGGCGAUGUGAGGAUGAUGUGCGACAGAUUUCGAGGUGGAAGGCUUGCGCGGGGAACAAGGGGCGGUGGAAGAGGAAUUUGAUCGCCAAAUGUGUCAAGGCGGGAAAGUCGUUUGAUGAUGAGACUGUAAGUCCUACCGUGAGACAGUUGCUACUGCAUUGGGGUUACCAAUUGACGGAGCCACACUUCAACGAAUACAAGUCUUUGCUUGAAAAAGGGCACAAGACUAGUUUCAUUCCGCAGCAUGAGAUGCGACACGUCGUCAAGAACAAGGACACGGGCGAUCAAACUGCCACACCCCAAGCACAAGAUGGCAGAAAGGAACAGAACGAAGCCCGUCAGGAGAGGCGUCGGAAAAGGGCACGGAAUUAG